GGCCGGGCCGGGCCGGGCAGGGGUCGGCGCUCUGAUCUCACUGCUGAGCGCCGGAAGUAUCCUAGAUCUCAGCGCAGGGGCUCGGCGGUUAGACCGUGGGGCUGGCGCGACUAUGCCGGUCACCGGGAAGACUUUCCGCCGGCGCCGGGCCGACUCGGAGUCGGAGGACGAUGAGCAGGACUCAGAGGAGGUUCGAUUAAAACUGGAAGAGACCCGAGAGGUGCAGAACUUGAGGAAGAGGCCCAACGGGGUGAGUGCUGUAGCCCUGCUGGUGGGAGAGAAGGUACAAGAAGAGACCACUCUAGUGGAUGAUCCCUUUCAGAUGAAGACAGGCGGGAUGGUGGACAUGAAGAAACUAAAGGAAAGGGGCAAAGAUAAGAUCAGUGAAGAGGAAGACCUCCAUCUGGGGACGUCAUUUUCUGCAGAAACCAACCGAAGGGACGAGGACGCGGACAUGAUGAAGUACAUUGAGACGGAGCUGAAGAAGCGGAAAGGGAUCGUGGAACACGAGGAACAGAAAGUUAAGCCGAAGAACGCAGAGGACUGCCUUUACGAACUGCCGGAAAACAUCCGGGUCUCCUCAGCAAAGAAGACCGAGGAGAUGCUGUCCAACCAGAUGCUGAGCGGCAUCCCGGAGGUGGACCUCGGCAUCGACGCUAAAAUAAAAAAUAUCAUUUCCACGGAGGAUGCCAAGGCCCGUCUGCUGGCAGAGCAGCAGAACAAGAAGAAGGACAGUGAGACAUCCUUUGUGCCCACCAACAUGGCUGUGAAUUACGUGCAGCACAACCGAUUUUAUCACGAGGAGCUCAAUGCUCCCAUACGGAGAAACAAAGAAGAGCCCAAAGCCCGACCGUUGAGAGUGGGUGACACGGAGAAGCCGGAGCCUGAGCCAACAUCCAGCAGUGCCCCUUUCCCAUGUGCUCACCAGCACCAGGCGGUGUCAUCUUUCUCAUCAACAAUGGGAUGAUUCUACGGAAAUGCUAAAUUUGCUGAGGGUCCCCUCCCAACCGCAAGCGUCCUGCUAACGAGAAGGCCACGGAUGACUAUCACUACGAGAAGUUCAAGAAGAUGAACAGGCGGUACUGAGGGAGGCUAAAGGGGAGAGGUGCAAAGUGGGAUGUAAAUAGUGUCGUUCACUCCCUUUAUCCCCCUGAUAAAAGGCUUCCUGGAGAGAAGCCUGCUCAUUGGCUAGCAGACAGUUCCCAAAACAGACUCUAUCGGUCCUGCUGCUUACCUGCUGGAUUUUUCAGGCACUGAAUUUGUAACCUUUUGAAACAAUGUGUAGUUUUCCUAUUUGGGGACAAACUCUAUUCUUGAGAGCAUUAUUAAAUCUCGUUUGUAAAUAUGUUGACUUUCUCCUAAUAUUUGCCCUGGGUCAGGAGGAAACAGUUGUGUGUUUCAGGGUGAGAUAAUACCCUUUAGAUUGUGGUUUUAUUAUUAUUAUAUAUGCAAUCAUGUCUCCUAUUUUCAAGUAUCUGGAGUGGGGUUCUGAAAUGCAUCCUUCACUGUUUACAGUGGAUCCAGCUGACAGCAGAAAAAUCUAGGUUGAGAUCAAAGGGACACUAGUAUUUUCUGACUUUCACAAAGUUAUCUGUUUCUUUUCAUUAUGAAAGAAAAAACAAUUUCUAUCACUUUUAGCACUUAAGUAUUAAAUAUGAAAUGGACCCAGC